AUGCAGCCUCAUUUAGCAAGCAACACUGUCAGUAACGAUGUUAAGUUGGACACGUUGGGUGAACCCAAUGCUUCAUUAAUCGCAGAUAAUGUCACUCUACCGAAAGACUUCUUUAGCUCAUAUCUGAACUAUUUGCUAUACGAGAUGGCACACUACAAACCGAUUUCUUUUAGCUUCGUUUUAAUUUUGGUUUCGGUUCUAAUAAUUGUGCUUUUUCAUAAUGUCCCAGCUUGCAAUGUCGUUUUUGGUUUAACGAUUUUCAUCACUAUCAUGGUUCUAAUAAUCGCACUAUCUAUAUUUAGUAUGGAUAUUUCGGAAGAAGGUUUUAAGAUUAAGCUUUUGUUGGAGGUUAUCACACGUAAGCCAGAGGUUGAGGGAAAAGAAUGGAGAAUUAUUACACAUAAUAUGAAUCAAUAUUUGUUUGAUAAUGGUUUAUGGAAUACACAGUCCUUUUUUUAUUGUGAAGAAAAGUGCUAUAAAUUAUUCAGAUCCCUUGUGAGAGGAAAAGAUCCGAAUGCAUAUGUAAAUUCAUCGACCGACGGCGCUGAGAAUAUACAGUCGGAAACACCAGCCAAUGAGGUUUCGAAUGGGGUAGCAAAACUUUACGGCUUUAAUUCUGACCCGAUUUUAGAAGCUUACUUUAUCAAAGCAGCAGAAGCCGAGAAAGAAGCACAACGUAGAUAUUGGAAAAAACAAUAUCCAGAUGCUGAUGUACCUUAG